AUGUGUUUCUUCCUCACUAAUUUAGCAUUUGUAGGCCUGUGCUAUUCUACAAUCACAACCCCCAAGAUGUUGGCUAACUUCUUAUCAGAGAAGAAGAACAUCUCCUUUGCCAGUCGUUUCAUUCAAUUCUAUAUUUUCAUUGCUCUGCCCCUUACAGAGUUUUCUAUGCUGGCAGUAAUGGUGUAUGACUGCUAUAUGGUUAUCUGCCACCCUCUACAUUACAGCAUCAAAAUGUCCAGGAGGGUUGGCACCUGCCUCAUCGCUUUCCCCUAUGUUUAUGGCUUCUCCGAUGGCCUGUUCCAAACAAUCACGACAUUCAUAUUGUCCUUUUGUGGAUGCAACAUCAUCGACCAUUUUCACUGUGCCGACCCACCUCUCGUAAAGCUGUCUUGCUCUGAUACCCACAUCAAAGAAUAUGCCAUGCACCUCUCUGCUGGAUUUAACCUCUCCAACUCCCUCAAGAUCACCAUCUUGUCUUAUAUCUUUAUUCUCACGGCAAUCCUCAAGACCCAGUCUUCUGAGGAAAGGAGUAAAGAGUGUUCCACCUGCGGAUCCCACAUGAAGGGUGUCACUUUAUUUUAUGGGUCACUCUUCUGCAUGCAUGUGAGACCUCUGAAGGAUCACUCCAUGGAGCAGUCCAAGAUAAUAUCUGUUUUCUAUACAGAUAUGUUGAAUCCUCCGAUCUACAGUCUGAGGAACAAAGAUGUAAAAGCGGCCUGGAGGAAAUUGUCAAGGACAUUUUACCUACAUGCAUUGCUUUUACAACUGGAAAGAGGCUAUUGGUAUACGCUUUGUUUCUAUGGGGUAGUGCUGAAAGCAGAAGACUAA